GUUAAAAAAACAAAAACAAUAUAUUUUCCAAAAUUUUCGUUACAUUAAGUAGAAAGCAUACAAAAAAAAAUGUUGCAUUAUCAAAAUUGUUUUGUUACAUUUACUUGUUUUAAAAGUAUAAAAGCGAACAAAUAUCUACUUAAUCAUCUUCUACUUCAAUGAAAUUGCAUUCCAAAAAGGCUUUGGCUAUAUGAUUGUGCUUUUCCAAAAAUCUCAGUUCAUCUGUCGUCAGUUGUUCGUUCAGUUGUCUCAAUGCUAUCAAUAUUUCGGCCUAAAAGUAAUUGUAAAAGUAAAGUAAAAUUAUUCGUGUAGAGCAAGUUAAUAUUAAUAAAAUUUGAAUUACUUUUUGUCUAUCUCUGGCUUCUUCGCUCAAUUUGUUUCGUUUCACUUCUUCAUCGAUUAAAAACAACCUUUCCCUCAAUUGCUUCGGUUCUUUUUUCCCAAACAGUCUUAUAACCUCAGGGGUUUUGAAUGCUUUUGAUAUAGCUGCUUGAGUAGCCUUAAACAAUAUCCUCGUAUGAAUUUUAUGCUUUAGAAAUCGAAGGAAAGCUAUUUUGUGUCUACAGAGGAUUAUAAUUAUUAUUAAUCAUACUCUUCAUAUUAUUAUUAGGCCAUUUUAAAUGUAACAUAUGAAUAAAUGAGUACAUAGAUAUAAAAUCUAUACUUACAAGUUGGACUGCACCCAAUGCACUGAUAAGCGAAAUAUCUCCCUUGACUAAUUUGUUCAAGCUGUUGUUCAAUUCCAGUAAUUGUUCGUUUGUAUCGUUUUUAAUUUCUUCGUACUCGUCCUUAUCUAAAUCAUCCCUACAAAAAUAGCGAAUAUCAGAUAGUAGUUUAAUCAGAAAAUGUGGAUAUAAAUUUACUUGCAAUUUUCUAAAUCCUGUAAUUGUUCGACUAGUCUGUCUAGUUGCUUCUCCAAAUUUUCCUUGAGUUUUUCGGUUUCUAAUUUUCCGUGAGAAGUCAUUUUAAUAAGAUUAUUUAUUAUUUAAGAUAUUGACAUUUUAAAUUUUGAGGUUAAUGGACUAUGUCUUGUUUAUUAUGACAGUAGUGACGACUGACGUUUCUACGACAAUCCCACUCUUCGUGAAGUAAUCAAAGAGAAACGUCUAUAUGCGUUUGAUAGGAGCUAGACAAAGAUCGCAGAGAGAAGAGAGUCGGAAAUGAAUGAGAGACGAGCAGUGAUUGGUUAAAUUAGUUUUACAACAUUCCGUUAGGUGUGCUUUUGUGAAAACGUGAAAGCCGCGUGUCAUUUUUGAUAAAGUGAAAAAUUAUUAACUUUAAUUUGUAUAAUAUAAAGUGACAUUUUAUAUGUGUUAUUGAAAAACAAUUAUUCAGUUGUCCCGCUUCAAUCCCUUAAAUUAUUUUAAGGUGAAAUGAACAAGAACAUCCAGUGAAUUAUGUUUUUAGUCUAAUACUCCGCCAUUUUGGAAUUAUCUUAACCUUCCACUGUGGAGUUCGAACUAUUCAAAUAGUGAUAAUUUUUUUGAAAUUUUCGUGUUAAUCGGUGCGUAAGGAGGUACGGUGUUUAGUGAAGAUGCCAACAAUUAGAUCAUAUACUUUCUCAGAGUCGCAGUAAAGUGUCAAUGUUAAACAUAUGCAGAUUCCUAGAAUUGGUCUGCCACGGCUGCUGUAAGGGACUUUGCGCCCGAGCCUGAAAUGAGCAGUAAUCCGAAGCAAAAUGCGGCAGGCGGGCCGCAAACGCAAAGAUACACAUCGUCACCUUGUUACCAGCCAAUGCAACCAGUCACCGGUAGUGAGUAUGAUUUUUUCAGAGGACCUGAAGGGUAUCCGGUUUCGACGCCUCCAGGACCUUAUGCGCCACCGCCGCCCAAUCAAGGAGGGAACCAGGCUCCCGCUCUGAGAGGGCCCUCCGGGCCACCGAAUCAGUCUUCGACGCCGCCAAAUGCGGCAGAUUUGAAAGUACCGCAAAUACCUCAGCAAGCUUCCAUAACGUCUAUGUAUACAGCUGUCCGACCGACUGCGGGAUCAUAUUAUCCAAGAACAGCAGGUCCACCUAAUCAACCUACUAGAAUGGCGAAUCCUAAUACUAGGCCUCAGCAGCCUGCUUUGUUUACACCGGCAGCGCCUCAAUUUAUGCACGUCGCGCCGCAAGUGUAUAUCUCGUCGAAUUCUGUUCCAUAUGCGUUCAACCAAAGGCCAUCGACAGGUUUCGCUCAACUACCUAUAUAUCAGCAUAUAGCUUAUCCUUAUGGCACUGCACCGACACAAACUCAAUCGACGGUGUCUUAUAACUAUUAUCCUGCAUCGAUGAUGCAGAGAGCGACGGGUACCAUUCCUCAAGCGCCGGUGGCGAAUCCGAACUCGCAAAAUCAGAUGCCAAGCGUUCCUAUAGUGACCAAUAAUCAUCAUCAGCAGACAUUUCCACGACAACAGCAACACAAACGGCGAUCAAACGCUAUACCCAUUAUAGACCCGGACACAGGUGCCGAUCGUCUUCAAGAACUAUUCGAAGAUAACUCGCACCCGCCCUCCGGCGAAUCGUCGGCCCGGCAAACGCCCCAGCCUUCGGCGGCCACGCAGAGCCACAACAAAGAGGUGCAAGCGACGUUCGCCAAACAGGUGUUGCAAGCUUUGAACAAGGACACGACGUCCGCCGAUCAGCAGCCGCAGCAGCAGCAGCAGCACCAUCAUUCGUUCGUGCCGCCCGCGCCGCCCAAAGACGAACAUCAUUCGGAACAUCACACGGACAACGCCGGCGGCGUUCACCCGGCCAAUCACGUCGUACACGAACAAGCUUACGUAAUGGGACAGGUGCAUCAAGUGCAACAGCAGCAGCCGCAGCAUCCGCAGAUCAAUCGCGAGGUCGUGCAGACCAGUAAAUUGCAGGCCGAAGCUAAAGAAUUCGUUUUAACUGCCAAAGAGACGCCAAUAGUAUCUGCUAAUAUCGAGGCCGUGGAGGUCACAUUACCCAAUAAGUUACCUAAAGAUAGAGAAAGUCCCGCCAAGGGCCGUAAACAGAGAAUAGGAGACCACAAGGAUUCGAACAAGGACGUCGCGGCCGUUACAGCGGUAAGCAAAGAAGUCCUCGUCGACAACAAGGAACCUUCCAGUACGAAAGAUGAGGCAAAGCCUAUACACGAAACCUCCCCAUCCCCAACGAUCGCUCCAUCGAAUACAACUCAGGUAGCAGCUGUUAGUAAAGAGGCCGUUGCGCCCGCUAAAGAGGCCACCGCGCCUUUACAGGACAAACAUCGAUCUUCGCAUCACCAACAUCCCCAACAACAACCACAACAUCCCCAACAACAACCACAACAUCCCCAGCAACAACAACAACAACAGCAGCAGCACAGGAAAGAUAGUAAAGAGAAGCAACCCUUGGAAAGACAAGACAGCAGUGGCUCAACUAAUGCUGCUGCUGCAGCAGCUGCGGCGCAAGAGGCGAAAUCGAAACAAAAUGCUCAGAGGUCGUCCUCGAAACAGGGCUCCGGCGGCGUCAACGCCAACACGAAAUCGCUUCCGACUCCAGUACAGGUGCCUCCGCCGCAACCGGCGAAACCGGCGAGCAAAUCUAAUAAGAAAAAUGAACUUAACUUGAAAGGUGCCAAUAAAGAAGGUACCGACAUGGAUGCCUUUAACGAUAAUUCUCUCCGAGAGGAAGUAAACUCGAAUGUAAUUCCCACCCAAGUAGUUAAUAAUUCUGAUAUUAUAAACGCGAACUCCUUACCCCCGACGGCGAAUAACGCCGUACCGAGUCAUACGAGCGAAGUCAAUGCCAAAACUGAAGCGAGUAAUAAGAAAUUCGACAACAACGUUGCAGUUAAGCCCGCGGAAAUCGUUACCAAAACUACAAAGAAUAAGAUUGAUAUUACAGAUAUCGUGAAAGAAAAACCCAAAAAUAUCAAACCUUUUACUAGCAUGAUUGGUCAAGAUGAAAUCGACCGGGCAGCAAUGACUCAAUCGAAUGAGAAAAUAGUGCAAGCUAAAAAUGACGUUAACGCCAAAACUAGUGAAAUUAGUAGGAUAGAAAAUAAGUUACCUUACACUGACGGUCAGUGGUCGCCGGCGAAUCAAAAUGGUAUCAAAAAGUAUCAAAAAGAUUUUCUUAUAGCAUUAAGAGACACGCCAGCGAGCAGAGCUGCUCCAGAUAAUUUACCUGAUUUCGUUUUAGCCGAUGAUAGAGGGCGAUUAGGCGAUGGACGCUUAUCUAUGGGAGGCAGUAGAAUUGAUUUUAAUCCAUCCUUUAAUACGUACGGUAGAAAUAGUUCUCAAAAGGGGCCAAUAUCGGGUAGAUCGAGUGCCAGUAAAAUGGACAGAAAUAAGGGUGGAAAGGGCAGCACUGCCAAACCCACCAUAAAAUUAUCUCUAUCUGUAAAAGAAGAAGUCAAACUUCACGAGUCUGAAAACGCUUGGAAGCCGGCUAGAUUCACAAAAGGUGAAUGUGCCACUGAUGAAGAUAAAAAAACCGAAGAAUUAUAUAGGAAUGUAAGAGGUAUCCUUAACAAAUUGACGCCUCAGAAAUUCGACACGUUGCUGCAACAAGUUAGAAAUUUAUCAAUUGAUACUACUGAGAGAUUACAGGGUGUUAUAGAUUUAGUAUUUGAAAAGGCCGUUGACGAGCCUAAUUUCUCUGUUGCGUACGCGAGUAUGUGCGGCCAUUUGGCUCUGAUACAGGUCCCAAAGAGCACAAGUGGAAAAGACAAAGAUGACAAAGAGGAGUUUGUGAACUUUAGAAAAUUGCUGAUCACGCGAUGUCAGCAGGAGUUCGAAAAACAAUCCGUCGAUGAGUCGUUUAAGGAACAAAAACUGAAGGAAAUCGAGGAAUGUACCGAUCCUGAUAAGAGGAAAGAUAUCGAAUUUGAUUUCGAAGAACAUUUAAGAAGAGUUCGAAUGAAGUCUGUAGGAAAUAUUAGAUUUAUAGGGGAAUUGUUCAAGCAACAGAUGCUUACCCAAAAAAUUAUGCUCAGAUGUUUGAACAAUUUAUUGGAUAACGGAGACGAAGAAAGUUUAGAAUGCCUAUGUAAAUUACUCACAACGAUAGGCAAAGAAUUGGAAAGCAAAGGAAUCCACCUCGAAGAUAUAUUUAACAAAAUGAAAAACCUCGCCGAUAGAAGACAAGGAACUAAAAUUAGCAGCAGAAUUAGAUUUAUGUUGCAGGAUGUCAUUGAUCUGCGAAACUCGAAAUGGGUACCCCGUCGACAAGACUUAAACCCUAAGAUGAUCGACCAGAUACAAAAAGAAGCCGAGCAAGAACAAAUGAACAUUCAAAUGAUGAACUCCGUGCCUAUGACGCCUCGCAAGGACGAGAGAGGCGGCGGCGGAGGCGGCGGUAGCGGCAGCCAAAGCUCCGUCAACGAUAGAAAGGGCGGCAGAGGUAGAAUCACUGACGACGGCGGUUGGACGAUGAUGAAAUCAUCCAAACCAUCCGGGUUCUCCGUGCAAAGUGAUAAACUCAAAGCAGGAAAAGCGCCAACGGCCGACGAACCUCUGGGUCAUUCUGGUCAAUUCAGGCACUGGCUGGCUGGAUCAAAUGUUAAACCCGCCGCUCUACAAGUUCCUAACACUGCCAAUAUGUUUACUGCUUUAGAAAAUAUAGAGUCUGAUAAACGAUUCAAUUCACGUUCCGGUCAAAAGGACCCGUACUAUUCGAAGGGAACGAGCCUCGAACGCGGUAGCUACAAGUACGACAGCAGGAGCGGUUCGCGUUCCGGUUCGCAGCACCGUUCCAACGACAGUUCGGCGUCGUCGUCGCAACGCGGCACGCCGGCGCCCGCGCCGCCCGUCGUCCAACAACCGCCGCACAACGUCGCGCAACAGCCGGCGGCGCAAAGGGUGCCGCCGACGGCGGUCGCGCCCUCGAUAUCGUCGGCGCCCGUUCAAAUCGAAAAUCUCACCGACGAUCAACGGUAUAGGCGAAUCACGAACAAUUUGGACGAAUACGUCAACGGCAAUUGCACGUUGGAGGAGUACUUCACUGAUAUUAGUUGCGCCGUGUCGCCCUCCCAGUUCUCUAGGAUGGUUAAUGACAGUAUAUUACAUAUAUUAGAAAAAUCGCAAGAUACUCGUUUGAAAACGGGAAGUCUAUUUGCGAAAUUAAUAUUACAAGGUAAAAUUUCACUAGAUGAUUAUUGCACCGGUUUAGAAGAAUUAUUCUGGCAAGCAGAUGAUCUUAAAAUCGAUAUACCAAAAAUCUGGGAUUAUUUAGCUGAAAUUUUAGUCGAUUCAAUUAUCGAGGAGGCACUACCUCUGAAGAGUUUGCACAAAACGGCGAGCGUACUCAUCAAGCAAAAACAGUGCGACAAGUUGUUGGUUUCGCUUUUUAAGUUAGUCAUUAGUAAUAAAGGAACGAAUUGCUUGCAAACGUUGUGGCAAUUAUCGCAUCUGCAAGUUUCGGAUUUCAUGGAUGCAUCGCAGGUCGAUGCCUUCAUUAAGGACAAUCAAUUUCAACUCUUACUGGGAGGUGCGACUCCGGGUAGUCAGAUGCAAUUAUCAUACGAUGAAAUUCAAACGAAAUUGUUGAAUUUCCUCAGGAAUAACCGAAAUAUCGAUGAUAUUUGCGACUGGGUGUUGGCUAAUGUUGGCGAAGCCGGCGUAAAUGAGACUAAGUUCAUUAGAGCGUUGGCUACAGCUAUCUUUGAAGACUCUAUAAACAAGAACCUCAAGCUCGCUCCCGAACGGUUAGAGCAACAUACGAAUUUGUUGCUCAAAUAUGUUGACAAUAACCCUGGGUUCGAACUCGAGUGCUUGUACGCCCUUCAGGCUCUUAUCCAUAAAAUGGAACAUCCUCAGGGGCUUUUACUAACAAUAUGUGAUAAACUUUAUGAAUUAGGAACAUUUUCUCAAGAAAGUUUUGUCUCUUGGGAGCAGAGUAAGGAUCCUGCUGAACAGGAAGGCAAAGGUGUCGCUUUAAUGCAGCUGACGUCGUUCUUCUGUCAAUUGAAGGAAAAUGACGAGGAUGACGUUGACGAUGACGCUUCAUCAGGUUCAGAACAGGAUACAGAGGAAUAGCGAUUAGUCACAGUGCCAGUGAUUUUGGCGCCCCGCAUAGACUUAAUAAAUUGAAAAAACAAAAAACAAAAAUAAAAACCUAAAAUGAACUUAAGCAGCAAGUGAUCGGAAGAAAUUGUGACUAAUUGACAUAUAAAAACUCUAGUUAAAAAAAUUUAUACAAUUGUUUAUAUUAUAUAUAUAUUAUACAUAUUUAAUUAUAUACUAUAUAUAAAAACUGUUGUGUGAGUGCGACGACGACGGGAUGUAAAGAGUAACAAGUGCCCUCAGUAAAAAAUAGAAAUUAUACACAAUACGCGAAAAGGACAAAAAAAAUUUUUAAAUUUAAGUACGGACUCUGUGAACGCUCAUUAGAAUAUUUUCAAGAGGAAAUAAUACGCGAGGCGCGAGAAGGCGGGCUCAGCUGGUGCGGCUUCUUUUUAUCUACAGGGUGUUUGAAAUUGCGGAAACUGUCAAUUCCACUAAUCGGGCAGUACAAGCCAAUUUUCUUUUAUGUCUAAGAAAAUGACAUCCAUCCUGUAUGUUCUUAAUUUAUUUUAUGCCAAGCGUAAUGAAAAUGAUGAAAAGGGCGGUUUGAUAAAAUAAAAUUGCUGUUGUUGAUUUUAUCGAGAGCCUUUUUCAUGAUUUUUAGAGUGUACGUGUAUAUCUACCGCCAAAAAUUACCAGGAAGUAUAAGUACCCACUUGAUUAAAUAAUAUAUGCGUAUAUGAUAAAUGUUGCUUCUGGGAAUUUUUGGGAAAAAUUAUGUUUUAUAAUUAUUAGUCUCUUCGGAAUAUUUAGGAAAGCGGCAAGCUCCUUCGUAUAUUUUUACAUAAACUAAUAAUUCAAAAAUUUAUGGGAAUACUCAUAUUGCAUGGUUUUUGAAUAAUAAGGUAUAAAUUCGAUGCAUUCAUUUUUGUAUUGCGGUUUAUAUAAAUUAAUUUGCAUUUAAAAAUUGAUCGUUUUUAUGGCAAAAUCGGCAGUUUCCAUAUUUACCUAAGUUCCACCACGUAACUAUUAAUUUAAUCUAAUGUAUUUAUAUAUUUUAUGUUUUAUAUUAUUUAAUUUUUAUUUAUAAUGUUAUUUUAGAUAGCAAAUUGUUUCUUAUUUUUUUGUUGUCGAAAAUAGCUGAGCCCACCAUAAAAUCUUCAGUUUUUUGGAAUAUACGGCGUUGCCUACCGUUGAAAACGAUUGAUUCGCCAAUUUUUGUUUGUUAAUUGUCGUUUUGUUAUCCUGUAGUAGAACGGUAGUAUGUUUGCCUUUUCAUUUUUUUUAUUUCACGAAAAACCCUUUGAAUUAAAAAAUGAAAAUAUAUUUACCUUCUUUAGUUCGCAUUACCUUAUAAAAUGUUAAAAUUUGGAGUUGCCAAUAUGUAUUUAAAUAGGAAUUGCUAAUUUCUUUAUUCUCUCAAUUAAAAUAGUCAUAUCCCAUAGGGUGAUUUAUAGAACAAUUCUUAUUAAAUUCCUCCCAUCAAGUCCAAAUGCUCUGUAAGUAGCCAUUGAAAUUUUGCGAACUAAAAAUAUUGGUAAAUUGGAAAUCAUGUUUAUUUUUGUCGUUUACUUCGUUGCAGUAUUUUUUGGAAUUACUUGUUAUUUUUGAAAAUUCAGAAUUGCAAAUUUUGUUAAACCUUUUUUUCAUUGCAAAUAAUUAAAAUCAAGACAAUAGGCGACCCAAACUAGGACCUUUAAAUUACUAGAACGAAUGAAUAAUUGAAGAAUAAUUGUUUGUUUAUUAGAACCUUUCACAGCAAUUGUUCAGUAUGUAUUUUUUCUUACGAAUUAGAUGUUUCGUAUAUUUCCAUUUUUUGCGGCUUUCGCAUAGAAAAUGACGAAUUUUGUUGUACCCCUCUUAUUUUUCAUUGAAACAGUAAACAAUACUACCGUCCUACGUAUGCUGUUAAGUUAUAUAAAUUUAAAUAGAUAUAAAAGAAAUUGUUCUGUAUAAAAAAUACGCAGGUGCGCAGUUCAGUUUUAGAUAACCCGAUUACUCAUUGUUGAAUCCAAAUUAUUUUUAACGCAUUUGGCGUGUGUGCGACGGCGAAAAUGUUCAUGGAUCGAUCUGAAACUGGCUUGAGCGGCUGUGGCUAGUCAGAAUUGUUCGCUUAAAAAAUAUUGUAUAUAUUUUUUCUGAAUGUAUACAGCAUUUUUCUGACUGAUGAUUUGUAUAUAGACUUCCUCCAAAAUAAAAUGCGUUUAAACAGAG